AUGAGGAUCUCACGGUUGACUCUGUUGCCGGCGGCUCUGGCUGCGACGGUGUCUUAUGACUUUUCUAUCGACUGGGUUACGCAGUGUCCUAUUCAGCCUGGGGAGUCGUUUCUCUACAACUUUACGAUUACUCAACCGGGCACGUAUUGGUAUCACUCACAUACCGAGAGUCAAUAUCCAGAUGGUCUUCGGGGACCUCUUAUUAUUCACGAUCAAAAGUCACCUUUCAAAGGAAAAUACGAUGAAGAACUUGUCAUGACCGUCUCGGAUUGGUAUCACGAUCAAAUGCAGACACUGAUACCUGAGUUUAUGAGGAAAGGAAAUCCCACUGGUGCAGAGCCUGUACCUCAAGCAGCUCUCAUGAACGAAACUCAGGAUCUCAAAGUACCUGUCCAAACAGGCAAGACGUACUUUUUGAGAUUAGCGAAUAUCGGUGCCUUUGCGGGACAGUAUUUCUGGAUUGAGGGACAUAACAUGACGAUUGUUGAGGUUGAUGGUGCAUACACGAAGCCGGCUCCAGCGAACAUGGUUUAUUUAUCUGCUGGACAACGAUGCAGUGUGUUGAUCACUAUGAAGGAGGAUUCAUCUGCCAACUUUCCUAUUGUUGCGAGCAUGGAUACUGAUCUCUUUGAUGUCCUUCCCGAUGAUCUCAACUGGAACGUCACAGGAUGGCUUGUAUACGAUGAAGAAAAGCCUCUUCCCAAGCCAUCCGUCGUCUACGACUUUGAUCCCUAUGAUGACAUGGAUCUUGUGCCGUACGAUGAAAUGGCUCGCCUUCCUGAGCCCAGCAGAAGUAUCGAGUUGGAUGUAAUCAUGGAUAACCUCCGAGACGGUGCAAACUACGCCUUCUUCAACAACAUCACCUACCGAGCUCCCAAGGUUCCGACACUCUACACUGCGUUGACGAGUGGAAAGCAGGCGACGAAUCCUCAGAUCUAUGGAACGUAUACACAUAGCUUUGUGUUGGAGAAGGAUGAGAUUGUGCAGCUGGUUAUUAACAAUCACGAUGAUGGACGGCAUCCGUUUCACUUGCAUGGCCAUCACUUCCAGGUGUUGUAUCGAAGUGAUGAUGACGCUGGUGACUUUGAUGGAUCGGUGGAGUUUGCGGAGACGCCGAUGAGACGAGAUACAGUUGUCGUGAACGGAAAUGGCAAUGUGGUGCUGAGAUUCAAGGCUGAUAACCCAGGUGUCUGGCUAUUCCACUGCCAUAUCGAAUGGCACGUCACGUCCGGAUUGAUCGCGACAUUCGUUGAAGAUCCCCUCGCCCUACAGGCUUCACUAAAACUCCCUAAGAAUCAUCUCGACGCAUGCAAAGCCGGUAACAUUCCCACCAUCGGCAACGCAGCAGGAAACACUGAUCUCCUCGAUCUCACGGGCGAAAACGUCCCUCCACCACGGCUUCCAGAAGGCUUCACGCUCAAAGGCAUCCUCGCAUUCGCAUUCAGUACAUUCAUGGGUAUUUUCGGUAUCUACACAGUCGCUUCUUACGGAAUGAAGAAGGACAGAAAGACUCCCGAGACAGCACCUCUCCUCGCAGAAGAAGAGCCACAACAACAUUAG